AUGCCUAUUUGAGUGACGUUCUAAGGCAAGGUCGCCGCAUCAGACCAACUUCCCGAGCUUGGCCAGCCUUUUUCCAACAUCUUUCAUCACACGCACUGACUGUACUAAGUCGGCGCAAAGCACAAAUCGGAGAAGCGCAUCAAAUCAACCCGUCCCACGCCUUGUAGCGCAACAUUGUCUUUGCUUCCAUUGGGCCGCUCUCUACGCGCUCCGUCACGCGUUUCAACCGGCUGCCGCUGACUUUGUCCCUUUGAGAGGCAUUUGCCGGCACCACAUUGCUCAAUUACCACCCCAAGGCCAACCAAACACUACGCGACGCACUCUAUCAUCAAAUCAUGGCCGAUACUACCCCCAAUACCGCGGACGCUGCCCCCGCGGCAGCUGAUGUCAAGGUCGACACUGCCGCCCAGCAAGCUGACGCCCAGCCUCAAGAGGCUUCCGAGAAGCAGGAGACCAAGGCUGAAGUUGACAAGCCCAAGCCUCAAGAGACCGAAUCCGAAGCGAAGCCCGCCGAGACUACAAGCACCGAGGACAAGAAAGACGCCGAGCCUGUUGUCUCAGCCGACACUGAGAUGAAGGAUGCCGAUGCUGCGGCCCCUGCUCCCAAGGCCGACCGUCGCAAGUCUGGCGCUGGCGAGGCCAAAGGCAAGGCCCUCAACAGAAAGGGAUCCAAGGCCAAGCUGAACUUCAAGGAUGCUAAGCCAGGAGACCACUUUCUCGUCAAGCUUAAGGGCUUCCCCCCAUGGCCUGCGAUUGUCUGCACCGAAGAUAUGCUGCCCGACGUCCUUCGCAACAACCGCCCCGUCUCUGCUGCCCGCGCCGACGGAACAUACACAGAUGCAUAUGCCGAUGGCGGAAAACGUAGCCAGGACCGCACUUUCCCUAUGAUGUAUCUCUUCACUAAUGAAUUUGGCUGGGUGGUCAACACAGCCUUCACAGAGCUCACUGGUGAGAAGGCGCAAAACUCCAUCAACGACAAGCAGCGCAAGGACCUCCGAGCCGCCUUUGAACUUGCUGUAGAGCAGCACCCCAUCGACCACUACAGAGACCUCUUGAAUAAGUUUGAGGAGGAACGCUUGGCCGCCGAGGCUGCCGCUGAGGCCGCUGCAGAAGCUGCAGAAGCCGCGGCUCGCGAAGCUGCUGCGACUCCCAAGAAAUCCAAGAAGAGCAAGGCCAAAGAUGAGAAUGGUGAUGUAGAAAUGGCGGAUGCCGAGGGAUCCACCAAGAAGUCUAAGAAGCGCAAGGCGGAUGAUGAAGUCAGCACUCCUCAGCGCACCGACUCUGCCAAAAAGCCAAAAAUCAAGCUCAGCACAUCUUCAACACCCAAGACCACCAACGGUACCCCCAAGACCAAGGACAGUGCUGCCAAGACCAAGAAGAGCGAAAAGCCCAAGGAGACACCAGAGCAAACGGAGAAGCAGGUUUCGUGGCUUCGUCACAAGCUCCAGAAGGGCCUCUUGACUGGACCUCCAGUAGAAUCAGAGAUUAAGGGAUUGUCAGGAUUCCUUACGAUCUUGGAAAAGUUUCCUGAUCUUGAGGCGGCCAUUAUCAAGGCGACCAAGAUCAACAAGGUCCUGAAGGCCAUCCUGAAGCUCGAGAGCAUCCCACAGGAAGAGGAGUAUAAUUUUAAGCCUCGCUCACGCACUCUUCUAGACAAAUGGAACAAAGCACUGGCUGCUGCUGCUGCUGCCGCUCCCGCAACUGGUCCUACCAAUGGUGCCAACGGAACGUCCGAAAAGAAGGGCACUCCUGCUGCUGAGGCGCCCAAGCCCACAGAGGACGUCAAGCAGUCUAUUGAGACUGCACCAGUACCCGAAGCCGCAUCAAAAUCUGAUGACAAGCCGGCUGCUGAGGAACCUGCUGCUGCAACUGCUGCCGCUGCGGAGUAGAGAGCCAAACCCAAGCAACUUGGCGUAUUUGAAGCGCAGCCCGUCCUGUAACUGUAUCUAUGGCGGACUUCAGCGCCUUGGUUUCAAGAUAUAUACUAUUCGCAAAUCGUGUCGCUGCUUUGCGGAUGACCGAAUUCUAUACGAUACUGCUGCUGCUCAGGAAAUAGUGGCGUUAACGGAGUGCGCCAAGAUGGAAGCUAUCCUGACUGUGUUACGUACAGUCAGGAGAGUGUCAUAUCCGAGAAUACUUUCUAAGCGGAUUCUGAAAGUGAGAAAAGGGAACUCACUGCGCACAUGGGUGCACAGAGAGCGAGACUCUGGUUCCCAAAGGGGUUAUGUUGUUCAUGCUGUCUUUGUUUUUAGUCUGAAUAUUUUAUAUUUCCUUUGUUGUCUUCAUUGUAUGAACUGUCUAGUCGAUGAAUAUGAAAGAAAUAAGUUGAG